CUUCUUUACUGUAGCUUCCGUCCUUUUGUUUUAAGUUCAAAGCAGCAUGGAUAUAAUUCAACCGCAAAUUAUUUGGAUUGAUAAUAGGUGCUACCGCAAGAAUCGAAUCUCCCCAUUAUAUGAUGAUGGGAAUAGCGUACCAGAUGGCAUUGAAUUGUCCAACAAACAGCAUGAAGGACAACAUUUGGGAUCAUUUGAAUCUUGUGAGUAUGAUGAUGAAGGUGAUUCUUGUGAAACUGCAAAUGUCCCAAUUGAACAACUUGGAGAUGGAAGGUUUCGUGUAAAAAUGUGUAUAGCAAGUGAAUAUUAUUCAAAAAUAAUCGGGAGGAAUGGAGAUGCAAAGCGGCAGAUUGAAAAAGAUACCAAAGUCCAGUUAUAUAUUCCUAAGAAAGGCCAGUCUGGGGAUGUUGCUAUCACUGGGUUUAGUGCUAAAGAUGUCUCAUCCGCUUUUAUGCGAGUCAGCCUUGUGGUGUCAAACGCGCGAAAGCGAAUGCCUUUCACACAUUUCGUUUCCAUACCCCUGACUACUCCUAAUGUUAAAGCGCGUUUUGUUCAAUUUAAAAAUGAUGUGCUUCAAUUUUCACGAGGGGCCAUUGAUCAAGAAUUGUUUCAAAAUCCUGAAAAGCUUCAUCUAACGAUUGGAACAUUGGUACUUCUCAGCAAUGAGGAAAGACUACGAGCUGCACAAAGUUUACAAAAUUGCGCAAAACGCAUAAGAGAUCUCAUGGGAUCGACUCCUCUUGAAAUCGAAAUUCGAGGCGUGGAAUACAUGAACGAUGACCCAGAGAGGGUAGACGUGUUGUAUGGAAAGUGCGCCGAUAGUUCAGGUCGCCUACAGCAAAUGGCUGAUGCCAUAGUGGAUUCAUUAGAAGCGGAUGGCUUGCUCGAUCGCCAGUAUGAUCACGUCAAGCUUCAUGCAACCCUUAUGAAUUCGCUGUUCAAAGUAAAAGACGAUUCCGAAAAUGAUCCUGUACGUUCCACUUUCAACGCUAGACCUAUACUAGAGAACUGGAAGGACUAUAAUUUUGGCACUGUCAUAGUCGACGAUAUCCACCUUUCGCAACGGUAUUCGACUUCUCAAUCAACCAAAUAUUACGUGGCUAGCGCGCAAAUCGCCCUAAGUCAGGCGAUGUAAUUCCAACUCCCAUCAUGUCCAAAUCGGUGAGGUGUGGAACUGGUGAUAUAUUUGCAGGUCAUCUAUCGGGGCAAUAUAUGUAUAUGGAAAGUGA